AUGAACGCCACUCUACCGGCUGAUACGGUAUGGGACUCUCCUUACAGCAUGCCGACGCAGAUUUUCGUCUGGUUGGUGGUGGUCGUUUUGAGCUUGGAGACAAUCCUCGGCAACGCCAUGGUCAUUAUGGCAUACAAAAUUGAGCGAAAUAUCAGCAAACAGGUGAGCAACCGCUACAUCGUCUCGCUGGCCAUCUCGGACCUGAUUAUUGGUAUCGAGGGCUUCCCGUUAUUUACGAUAUAUUUCCUUAAUGGAGAUCGAUGGCCCCUCGGCUCUAUCACCUGCGAGACGUGGCUUUUUCUCGACUACACCCUGUGCCUUGUCUCGAUUUUAACCGUACUUUUAAUAACAGCUGAUAGAUACCUCUCCGUCUGCCACACCGCCAAAUACCUAAAGUGGCAGUCCCCAACCAAGACACAGGUGAUGAUCAUCUUGUCGUGGCUGAUCCCUGCCGUCGUUUUCGGGAUUAUGAUUUACGGGUGGAAGGCGAUGACUGGCGAGGCAGACAGCAUGCGAGGCUACGAGUGUUCGGCCCCCUUCCUCGCCAACCCGUAUGUCAACAUGGGGAUGUACGUCUCCUACUACUGGACGACGCUUGUGGCGAUGUUAAUUUUAUACAAGGGCAUCCACCAGGCCGCGAAGAAUCUGGAGGACAAGGCCAAGGCGAAGGAACGCCGGCAUAUCGCGUUGAUAUUGAGUCAACGGUUGGGGACGCAGGUCGGCGUCUCCCUGAUGCUCCAACAAGACAAGGAGCGCGAGAAGAAGAUGGAGCUGGUUAGAACAUCAAAGUUUUCU